CCCUCAGCUUUCCGGGCUGGCAGGCGGAUAGUGGCGGCUGAGGAAGUUUUAAAAAUGAAGAAGUUUAAUUUCCGAAAAGUUUUGGAUGGCUUAACUGCCUCCUCCCCUGGCAGUAGUAGCAGCAGUGGCAGUAACAGUGGUGGCGGGGCUGGAAGUGGUUCCAUGCAUCCAGGAGGGACUGCAGGGGUUCUCAGAGAGGAGAUUCAGGAAACCUUGACUUCAGACUAUUUCCAGAUUUGUAAGACAGUUCGGCAUGGUUUUCCUUAUCAGCCCACAGCAUUAGCCUUUGAUCCAGUUCAGAAAAUCUUGGCUAUUGGGACGAGAACUGGUGCUAUACGAAUACUUGGGAGACCUGGCGUUGAUUGUUAUUGUCAACAUGAAGGUGGUGCAGCUGUUCUGCAGCUCCAAUUCUUGAUCAAUGAGGGUGCUUUGGUCAGUGCAGGUUCAGAUGAUACACUUCAUUUGUGGAACCUUAGACAAAAAAGGCCAGCUGUUCUUCAUUCUCUUAAAUUUAACAGAGAACGAAUUACUUACUGUCAUCUACCUUUCCAGAGUAAAUGGCUCUAUGUUGGAACAGAAAGAGGAAAUACACAUAUUGUAAAUAUUGAAUCUUUCAUUCUUUCUGGAUAUGUUAUCAUGUGGAACAAGGCAAUUGAACUAUCCACAAAGACUCAUCCAGGUCCAGUUGUACAUUUAAGUGAUAGCCCAAGAGAUGAAGGGAAAGCUAUUCAUUCAAUUGAUUGGCAUCAUGAGGGCAAACAAUUCAUGUGCAGCCAUUCAGAUGGUAGCUUGACUUUAUGGAACCUGAAAAGCCCAAGUCGUCCUUUCCAGACCACAAUUCCACAUGGAAAAACUCAAAGAGAAGGAAGAAAAUCUGAAUCUUGCAAACCAAUUCUUAAAGUAGAAUACAAAACCUGUAGAAACAGUGAACCAUUCAUAAUAUUUUCUGGUGGACUGUCCUAUGACAAAGCUUGCAGAAGACCAAGUUUAACCAUCAUGCAUGGAAAAGCAAUUACAGUGCUUGAAAUGGAUCAUCCUAUUGUUGAAUUUCUAACUUUAUGUGAAACACCCUAUCCAAAUGAAUUUCAAGAACCCUAUGCCGUUGCUGUACUUCUGGAGAAAGAUCUCAUUGUAGUUGAUCUGACACAAAGCAACUUUCCAAUCUUUGAAAAUCCAUAUCCCAUGGACAUUCAUGAAUCACCAGUUACGUGCACAGCAUACUUUGCUGAUUGCCCACCAGAUUUGAUUCUAGUGCUCUACUCUAUAGGAGUCAAGCAUAAAAAACAAGGAUACAGUAAUAAGGAGUGGCCAAUCAGUGGAGGAGCUUGGAACCUUGGCACACAGACAUAUCCAGAAAUUAUUAUUACUGGUCAUGCAGAUGGAUCGAUAAAGUUUUGGGAUGCUUCUGCAAUAACACUGCAGAUGCUGUACAAGCUAAAAACUUCAAAAGUGUUUGAAAAACAGAAGGUAGGAGAAGGAAAACAAACAUGUGAAAUUGUAGAGGAAGAUCCAUAUGCCAUUCAGAUGAUCCACUGGUGUCCAGAGAGCAGAAUAUUCUGUGUAUCAGGAGUCUCUGCAUAUGUCAUAAUUUAUAAAUUCAGCAGACAUGAAAUUACAACAGAAAUAGUGUCAUUAGAGGUACGACUUCAGUGUGAUAUUGAAGAUAUUAUUACCCCGGAACCAGAAACAAGUCCUCCAUUUCCUGAUCUCUCAUCCCAGCUUCCUUCUUCAAGGAGUCUUUCUGGGAGCACUAACACUGUGGCUAGUGAAGGAGUAACAAAGGAUAGUAUCCCAUGCCUCAAUGUUAAGACACGACCAGUGCGGAUGCCUCCAGGGUAUCAAGCAGAACUUGUUAUUCAGUUGGUCUGGGUGGAUGGUGAACCUCCACAACAGAUUACUAGCCUUGCUGUAAGCUCGGCAUAUGGAAUAGUUGCGUUUGGGAACUGCAAUGGGUUGGCUGUGGUGGAUUUUAUACAGAAGACAGUACUGUUAAGCAUGGGGACCAUUGACCUAUAUAGAUCAAGUGACCUAUACCAACGGCAACCACGGUCUCCUCGAAAAAACAAGCAGUUCAUUGCAGACAACUUUUGCAUGCGUGGCCUGUCUAACUUUUAUCCUGAUUUAACGAAACGGAUCCGUACUUCCUACCAGAGUUUAACUGAGCUGAAUGACAGUCCAGUUCCCCUGGAACUUGAGCGUUGCAAGUCUCCCACUUCAGAUCAUGUAAAUGGACACUGCACAAGUCCAACUUCUCAGAGUUGCAGUUCUGGAAAACGUCUUUCCAGUGCUGAUGUUUCAAAAAUAAAUCGCUGGGGUCCUGGAAGACCACCAUUUCGAAAAGCACAGUCAGCUGCUUGCAUGGAGGUUUCUUUGCCAGUUUCAACAGAAGAAAGUCGAGAAAAUUCCUAUAAUCGCUCUAGAAGCUCUAGCAUCUCCAGUAUUGACAAAGAUUCUAAAGAAGCGAUUACAGCACUAUACUUCAUGGAGUCCUUUGUUCGGAAAAAUGACUGUACUAUCUCCCCUUGUUUGUUUGUUGGAACUAGUCUGGGAAUGGUGUUAAUCAUCUCCCUAAACCUACCUUCAGCAGAUGAACAAAGAUUUACAGAGCCAGUCAUGGUAUUGCCAAGUGGUACAUUCCUCUCAUUGAAAGGAGCUGUCCUAACAUUCUCCUGUAUGGACCGAACUGGCAGAUUAAUGCAACCACCAUAUGAAGUCUGGAGGGAUCCAAACAACAUAGAUGAAAAUGAGAAAUCUUGGAGAAGAAAGCUGGUCAUGAACUGCCCCUCUCCAUCCCAAGAAAUAGAUCAUCAGUAUACAAUAAUCUGCUCAGAAAAACAAGCCAAAGUCUUCUCACUGCCUUCUCAGACUUGCCUCUAUGUUCAUAACAUCACCGAGACAUCUUUUAUACUGCAAGCAGAUGUGGUGGUCAUGUGUAACAGUGCCUGCUUGGCAUGCUUUUGUGCCAAUGGGCAUAUCAUGAUAAUGAGCCUACCUAGUCUUCGCCCAAUGUUGGAUGUUAAUUAUUUGCCACUGACAGACAUGAGGAUAGCACGGACGUUUUGUUUUACCAAUGAAGGACAGGCAUUAUACCUUGUCUCUCCUACUGAAAUUCAGCGGUUAACAUACAGCCAAGAGAUGUGUGAUAAUCUACAGGUAGGAAAAGCAUCACGCAGCCUCGCACAGCACAUUCCUGGACCAGGUGGUAUAGAAGGGAUGAAAGGUGCUGCCGGAGGGGUGAUGGGAGAGCUGACUCGUGCACGGAUCGCACUUGAUGAGAGAGGACAGAGGCUAGGAGAGCUGGAAGAGAAAACUGCAGGCAUGAUGACCAGUGCAGAAGCAUUUUCCAAACAUGCACAUGAGUUAAUGCUGAAAUAUAAGGAUAAGAAAUGGUACCAAUUCUAA